GUGACGGUUAUGGUCACGAGGGCUGGAUGUCACAUGCUCGCUUAGCGAGGCGCUAGCGCGCACGACCUGUAUUUAGUUCCCAGCUCUCUCGAGCUCUCCUUCUUUCCUCGUCUUUUGUCCUAAGAAUAGAGUGUUAAUUGUUCUGAGUUCUACCUGAAGCACGUCUGUCACAGUAUUGUUGGGAAUUUGAGAUGGAGGUUGAAAUAAACAUGUGCUUGGCAUCAUGAAACAGUCUGCCACAGAAGACAGGGAUCAUGCAAACCACAAGGAUGAUAGGAAGGCAAGAUAAAGAUACAGACGGAAUUGAGCCAGAAUCUUCAGCAAACUUCUUCACCGGUACCGAAUCACAAGAGGAGGAAGAGACUGGCACAAAGCGUGAUCUCAGUGCGAAGCUCCCGAUAAUCAGUGUCCUUUUCACCGUCUUUUUACUCCUCUUCUUGGGUUUCUCAUCAAUCCAAAGGCUUUCCGAUUCAAGUGUCACAUACUCAACUGCUAAACAUGGAUCUUGGGGCAUUUUCGACAUCGAGCAUGAAGACCACAAGCCAAUUCUAGGAAUAAAAUUACACCCUGAAGACCACGAGAAUAGACCCGCGAGGACCAUUACCUACCGCUGGACUAUUUCUUCUGACUAUCGCUCUCCAGAUGGCGUCAAGAAGAAAGUCUAUCUUGUGAAUGAACAGUUUCCAGGACCGACAAUUGAGUGUCGAUCUGGGGAUCGAUUGAUUGUUCACGUUACCAAUAAAUUGAAUGCGGAAUCACUCUCCGUGCAUUGGCACGGUUUGCAUAUGCGCAAUGCAAAUUCUAUGGAUGGUGCAGCAGGAAUUACCCAGUGUCCAAUUCCUGAAGGGACAACUUUUACUUACGAUUUUAAAGUUGAAGAAAACCAAUCCGGAACGUUUUGGUGGCAUGCGCAUUCUCAAGUUCAGAGGGGCGAUGGCAUGUAUGGAGGCUUAGUUGUUCACAAACCCUCUGAGAAAAUAGUCGAUGUAGACGAGCUCGAUUAUGACCAAGAUAUGCUUCUUAUGGUUGGAGAUUGGUAUCAUCGGCCUGCGGAGGAGGUUCUUAGCUGGUACAUGAGCUCCCGUGGAUUUGGGAACAAGGUAGGUUACCCACGGUAGUUGAAAGGUUCACACCGAGCUUAUUAUCUUUUGCAGCCUGUUCCAGACUCGCUGUUGAUAAAUGGAGCGGGCCGUUUCCAAUGUUCGAUGGCAGUUCCAGCAAGACCAGUUGACUGCCGACAGACAAAGGCAACCGAAAUGCUAAGCAUUCUUAGAGAGCACUCUUCAACCCGCUUACGUGUUGUCAAUACUUGGUAGGACUUCCGCAGUCUCAGUUGAUACACUGGCUAAUGAUUUUGAGCUCUCUCGCCGGACUGUCCCUUGGAAUUUCGUCUGGAACCCUGAAUCCCCUAACAUUGGACGGAGGUUAUAGAAUUGAUGGUCAACCAAGCAGUUCAAUUGGGAUACUUUAUCCUGGGGAGAGGGUGGACAUCAUCUUCGAGCCCAAAAAAAGUACUGAUCAUCUUGGUACAGAGCUGUUCAUCAACAUGGAUACUGAGUAUGUUUCAAUCUCUUCCUCGUUCGUGGCAUAACUUACAUCGUAUCUAGAAAUUUUCGGUUUCCUAAUUUCGCGUUGUGCCCGAAUCAGACAUCCCCUCUGCUCAUCAAGAAGCAAAUUGAAAAUAUGGUUGACUCAUCCGUCAUUUUCGAUUAUUCGUCAUCUUUCGACCUAUCUUCGGCCGUCAGUAUAGCUUCCAACGAGAAAACCCUGCAAGUUCCAGAAAAGGUGAACCAAACCAUUCUGCUCUACACAAAAACCGAAAAACUUUCCAUAAACUCCAAUAUACCAAUGGGCUUCAUAAACCGCACCUCCUGGUCGCCCCAGAAAACCCCUCGCCUGCCACUGAUAUCCCUCCCACGAAAGCAAUGGGACGAAAAUCAACUCAUUCCCCAUAUUGGCACUCACGAAGCUUCAUAUCGAUGGGUUUCGAAAACGUCGUCAUCUCUAUAUCUCACGAUAUAUAUUGGAGGGAAUUGGUACUUCUUUGCUAAAUAGAUUGGACCUAUACACAUAAUUAGUAGUUGAGUCCACACUUUGAUGGUAUAGAAGACGCAAGAAAACGACUGACUAAGUUCCAAGUAUCUUUGGUCUUCUUCUGGCGUCAUUUUUUUCGAUACCUGGAAAUCGAAUCGUCCUGACUCUCCCGAAAUUCCCUCCAUAGCAACUUUAGCUGAACCCCCCUGGUUAACAACCCAUGCUGAAAAUUUAGGUCUGUUUGCUUUUAUUUUCGCGUCCAACGCGUCGCUAUCAGACGGCGGGUUGUCGAAGUCUGUUCCGUCUUCAAACACUCUUGAUUCAGGGGCUAUAUACUCCUCAAGCGACUUCUUCUUAAGAUUGUCAUCGAAAAAUUUCCGUAAUCGGGUCGCUUGAGUCAAUCCCAAAAACGGAACUUUUCGCAGAUCGGCCGGCCCAUAUAGUGACACGAUGGCGCAUGGCUGAUGGCCUUCCCAAUGCUUCGGCUAUUUCAUGUAGUUACUAUGGGAUAUGCAAAGUUAGAGAAAGAUGUUGCAUUGCUACUCACAGUAGAAAGAGCCAGCACAGCACCAGCAGAAGAUCCUACAACAGCAAUCUUACUGGUAUCGAUUACAGUAUCAGGUAACUUACUUGGAAGCUCCUCCAACAACCAUUUCCCCAUCGCCUCUAGGUCCUCGAGCACUCCAUCAAGUUUUGUUUCUGGGGCAAGUCGAUAAUCCAUGGACACUAUAACAAAUCCUUUCUUACGCGCUUCGUCGAUGAAUGGUGCGCAGAUAUCUCUGCGGUUGCUGUUUAUGAACCCGCCGCCGUGAAUGAAAAGGAAAAUUGGGUUCCCAUCUUUAGUUUUGAUGUUUGAGGGAGGGUAUAUAUCUGCUUUGAUUUCGCUGUUCUUUACUACCCUGUAUACACAAUCGCGGAUGAUUGUCUCGUCCGCAAGCAAAUCAUCUCUGUUAACCAUAUUCGCUCGUCAACUUCUGGUGUUGCUGGAUACUUUUCCAACUUGACUUUUG